AUGCUUUCAACUUAUCCUGGAUUAGUGUUUGGAUAUAAUACUGGUGUGAUUGCAGGAGUCUUGAAUCUCAACGAAUGGAAAUCGAUGAAUGAGAUCGAUCGUGGUACACUUACAUGUUCUAUUUUGUUGGGUGCCAUGAUUGGUUCGUUGAUGGGUGGUUUCGUCACUGAGCGUCUCGGUAGAAAACCACCAUUAUUCGUGGUUGGUUUGCUGACGACUGCCGGUGCUAUCGCCUCUGCAUUGGUGCCAGCGGAGCUCUGGUAUGUAUCGGCGUGCCGUUUCGUGCUGGGUCUAGGUGUCGGUGCUUCUGCCAUCAUAUGUCCGUUGUAUGUAGGUGAGAUGGCUGAUCCAACUCGUAAAGGACGUCUUGGAACCAUCUUCCAAAUUGCCAUUACCAUUGGAAUAUUUGUUUCCGAUUGUGUUGGAUUUGGAUUCAUCGAUGUUAAAUACAAUUAUCGUUGGAUGUUUGCAUUCGGUGCACUCCCAGAGUCACAUGUCUGGCAAGAUAAGAAAGCUGCACAAAAGAAUACAUUACUUCUUCUAAAUGUAAGAGAACAAGAGCAAGAACAACAAUCAAAUAUUGAACUCUCUAAAUUAAAUGACAAUAAUAAUAACAAUAAACAAUUGAUCUAUAACAAACUACAGAAAGAUACAGGUGGAAGCGCAGGAAUCAGAGCACUCCUCUCAAAGUCCGCAGGAAGAUUCGCUCUUUUCAUGGGUGCUAUAUUGGCAGUCAACAAUCAACUCACAGGUAUCAACGCAUUCAUGUAUUUCUCACCAUCGAUUUUCGAACAAGCCGGUAUUAAAAAUGGUGAUGGUCCAAUGAUUGCAACUAUUUGUUUAGUUGGAUGGAAUGCUAUUACAACAUUGAUUUCAACAUUUUUAAUCGAUAAGAUUGGAAGAAGAAAAUUAAUGAUUUACAGUUCUAUUAUUAUGACGCUGGCAUGUUUGAUACUAGCGAUUCUAUUCUUGACAGUCGAUGGAACAGUGCUAGGUGUUACAUCGAUCAUUCUAUUGUUUAUAUUUAUUGCAGGAUUCGAAGCAGGUGCAGGACCAUUGUUUUGGAUUAUGGCUAUCGAAAUCUUCCCACCCGAAUGCAAAGACAUUGGUUCCAGUUUGCUUAACGCACUCCAAUGGAUCUUCAACAUUGCACUCUCAUUCAGUUUCCUGACGUUGGUUACCCUGAUCGGACAAUCUGCCAUCUUCUGGAUAUUCGGUGGUUGUGGUGUUGUUUGUUUAAUCUUCAUGGUCAUGUAUCUACCAGAGACCAAACAAGUUCAAGAUUAUCAACCUAUAAUAUAA